AUGACGACGAAAGGCAUUUUAAUGAGCGAGAAAAAGGAAAAGACGGCGAAAAGUCACCUUCGAGAUGUUGAGAACAACAACAACAACAACAAAGACGAUGAAGACGACAAAGAGGAUUCGUUGAUGAAAAACAUCACCCUGAACGACCUGACAAAGUUAGCGUUGGACUCGGAAUCCGAAGCCGCCAAGAAGUUUGGCUGCGGGACGACCAGGUUUAAGACGAUAUGUCGAAAAUUCGGAAUCAUUCGAUGGCCGCACCGGAAGCUACACUCUCUCCUCGAGAUGUAUAAAAGCUUAGCCGGGUACUACCAGGAACUGUGCGAAAAAGCAACUGCGGACCCCGAAAACGAAUCCACGAUGGAGGUCUUACAAUCCACGAAAAAAGAUCUCGACCGGUUGCGAGAAUACGCGUUUCAAGUGGCGUAUUUAUCCAUAAAAUUACGUCAGAAGGAACGAAACGUCUUUUUGUUAAACGAAUACCACCACUCGAAGCCGAAGAAAGCGAAACCGUGGCCGGAGGACAUCUUGAGAAUUCGAGCGACGAUUUAUAAACAAAGACACGUGCACUCGAAACAUAUUAAGAGGAAGAGCAAAAAUUCGUCGUCGGCGUCUCAAAAUCUUUUGGAGGAGGAAAAGGAGAUGGCGCCGACGGCCAAUCCGUGUUCGAUGACUACGAGUAUGACAACCACGAAUAAUAUGAGCGCGAAUAAUGAUACUACGUGUAACACGACGACGUACUCGUCCGAGGAGAGCGUGGAAAUGUCCGGUGCUGAUACUGCAUUUAACCAUCAUCAAAUGGUGGACGUGUCCUGCGGAACGAGAACGCUCACCAGCGACGCGGAGACGAACACGUAUUUGAACAACUCGUACGCUUUUAUCAACAACGAAAUGUCGUCGGGGUACAUCGAAAACGAGGACGAUCAUUGCGACGACGAAGAUCAAUACCAAACUCAUCGCGGUCAUCCAUCGUUGCCACCGUCUUUUAAAAACACUAAUACUAAGACGAAGAUGAUGUACACGACGACGUCGGCGGCGAACAGCGAGUACUCCUCCGGAUACGGCGUUGACUUUUUCAACGUAACCGCUCCGACUUUCAUCAAUAACAACAACAACGAGAAUGGACAAAAUUCGGUAGGAGGAAGAAAGAGGAAGAAACCAACAUCCUCUCUCAGCGCUGCUCUAUCCAAACUCAGCAAAAGAGCGGCAGCAAAUAAUAAUUUUAAGAAGGGAGGAGAAACGGAAGAAGAGCAGCCAACCGCGCUGGCCUUCUCGAUGCCGCACAUGUUAAACAUGGACGCUAUUUUCGGUAUCGAUGGAAGCGUCGAAAGAGACGACGAAGAUACCGCGUUGAGUCCAAACAGUUAUGGAAUCACCGUCGCGUCCUUUAAAGAGACGAAGAGGAUGUGA